AUGUCGCGAUUGCUUCAGGUUCUGCUUCCACUCAUUUUCCUGAUGUCUUGGGCGUUCGGAAAAACGAACUACUGUGACUUCUCGCUUUGUGGCACCUCCAAACACAUUGCCUGCAACAAUUAUGGUGCUUGGGCAUCGACCUGUCCCACCAGUCCCAGUCCUACAGCCGAAAGCUUUAAGAAAUCGGAUCAACAGCUGAUUCUUAAGAUGCAUAACUACCGUCGAAACCGACUGGCCAGCGGACUCCUAACCAAAUACAAGGCUGCGAAGCGGAUGGCAACCAUGCGUUGGGACGCCGAGCUGGCAGCCCUGGCUGCCCUCAAUGUAAAGCAAUGCAAGAUGAACCACGACGCUUGCCAUAACACGAAGAAGUUCAAAGCCAGUGGCCAGAAUCUUGCCAUAUACGGCUAUUCGGGGGCCCAGUCUGGAAAGACAGUUACGGAGCUGAUCAUCGCAUCCAUUAAUAUGUGGUGGAACGAGAAGAAGGAUGCCAAUAUGGGGAUAAUUAACAAGUAUCCAAGCAGUUGGUCCGGGCCUCAAAUAGGACAUUUUACGGCGAUGGCACAGGAAAAAAACACACAUUGCGGAUGCGCCGCUGCCUUCUACUACCAGGACGGGAUGAACUGGUUCCUGAUGGCCUGCAACUACGCCACCACCAACUGGGUGGGAGAGCCGGUCUUCCAGAAGGGUUUCAAGGCCUCCGGCUGCGAGAUGGGCGCCAAUGUAAACUAUACGGGACUCUGCAAGUUGGCAGAGGUAUACGAUGUGUAA